AUGGCCACACUGACAAAAGCAACCACUGACGCUAGAGAAUGGCAACAAGCACAACAAGAGGUACACCGAGCAAUAGAACUUCAGACAGACCCGGAGAUACAACCAACAUCAACCAUCAUCAUCAACACGGAUGCAGCCUGGAAGGAGGAGACAAAAACGGCUGGAAUUGCUUGGAUCUUCUAUGAUGUCAAUGGGAAGCCGUUUCGACAAGGAAGUGGAACAGAAGAAUGGGUGAGCUCUCCAAUCAUGGCAGAGGCGCUUGCCAUCCGUGAAGCACUCUUACAAGCUCGAGGUCAUGGCCAUAUCAACAUCGCAAUCAGAUCGGACGCCCAGAUACUAAUCAGGGCAAUCAACGGAAGAGACCAAAUCAAGGGACUUUAUGGAAUCCUUCAGGACAUCCACAACUUAACUUGUUAUCUCUCCACCUCUGUUUUCUCGUUUAUUUCUCGCAAAGACAAUGUUGCAGCGGACAAUCUUGCUAAGAAGGCUCUGUUUAACUUCUUCAACUGCAUGUAA